AUGAUGGUUAUACGCAAAGUUGCGAAUCAAAGAUGAAGCAUGACAGGGAACUGAAGCCAUCGACCAACACAGUUUACACUUUACAGUAAGUGUACAGUGUCAGAAAUACAGAUGGAUAUGGACUUCAACGUGAAGAAAUUAGUUCGGGACGCAGGGACAGCAAUCAGUCGUGUAGUGCAGUUAACAGAAGAAAAAUUAGGGACGUCUGAAAAGACAGAACUCGAUGCCCAUUUUGAAAAUUUAGCCGAGCGGUCAGAUACAACAAAAUUAUGGACAGAAAAGAUACUGAGAGACACGGAAGCCGUACUUACACCAAACCCAGGGAACAGGGUUGAAGACUUCUUGUUUGAAAAAAUAGAAAAGAAGAGACCAAAUCGGCUGACAAAUCUUGAAUACUUAGGAUUGGAUAUGAUUGAGGCAGGGAAUGAAUUUGGUCCAGGUACAGCCUAUGGAAGUGCAUUGGUUAAGGUAGGACAGUGUGAACAGAGAUUGGGACAGACUGAAAGGGAAUUCAUUAGUUCAGCUGGACAGUGUUUCAUACAACCCCUAAGGAAGUUUCUGGAUGGUGAAAUGAAAACAAUUCUGAAGGAAAGAAGUCUUUUGGAGAGCAAAAGGUUGGAUUUGGAUGCUUGUAAAAACCGGCUACGUAAGGCAAGAAGUAUGCAUUCGCAGCAGAAUAAGGAAGGGGUGAACCCUGAAGUAUUGAUAGAACAGGCGGAGAAAGAUUUAAGAGUAGCUCAGUCAGAAUUUGAUCGGCAGGCGGAGAUAACGAAGUUGCUACUGGAAGGCAUUAGCAGCUCCCACGCUAGCCACUUACGCUGCUUGCACGAAUUUGUUGAGGCACAAGUCAGAUACUAUGACCAAUGCCAUCAUAUUAUGCAGGAACUCCAACGUGAUCUGUCAAGUGAUGUUAAACCAACACCAAUGUUGCGCGUAAACAGCGAAGAUGUGGACCUCACUACUCCUGCCACAUCUCCAAUUACAGAUAGCAAGUUUAGCAUUUCAGAAUGAAACACACUUUUGAGAAAUGUUCUUCAUUACAGACAUUAGGUGUGAACAUUAUUUGUCUUUACCACAUUAGAUCAGUUUGUUAGAAUUUGCAUUACUAAAUUUAGUCAGUGGAUGAGGAGAAAUUGAAGUGUACAGUUAAAUUGAAUGUAAUAGUUUUCCAGCACCAUUGUACAUUUUUCAGACAUUCUUUGUAGGUAUAGGGAGAUGUUUGCAUACAGUUAGAUUCAUUGGGGAAAAGAGACUGAAAUAACAAUGAACCAAGAUAGAUUAAAUGAAUAACAGUAGCAUAAAAAUUUCUAAACCACAUCUAAAAGCUAGCACAUAAAAAAAUAUGUAACAGGUUCACAAUAUGCCAUACAUUCAUCAAUGCCAAUUACUGUUUGCAUUGUAAUGGAUUGUACCAUGUUAAUUUUAAAUACCAUUUUUGCUCAGUUUCAGUUGUAUAAUAUGAGGCAUUCUACCCGUACCAAUGAUUUUUCUCCUCAGUAUGUAGAUCUUACAAUACAAUAUAUAAAAAAGGAAUCACGUCAGCAUUUUUCUCCCUUUUCUAGUCACAGAAAGACAAGGUUUAAAUGUCAGGUUGCAUCAAAUGUUUAAUUGGUGAAGGCAUUUAUGACAUAAAGCAAAUAUUUCAUGCCAAUUUUAAAAUAAAACUACUACUUCCUCCCACAUAAACCUUCUUUGUAAAAAUAUUAAUAGAUGGCGAUAAAUUACAGUUACAGUUUUCCUCAAAUUGCAUGUGGAGUGCUCCUAGAAUUGAUGAAUAAUACGCUUGACAUUUGAUUGAUUUUGAUGUGUUGUUGCUCAAUUCAGUUCAGUUAUUUAUUACAUAUUUAUUGUAUGUUAUGGAAGGUCCCGACACCUUUCUUUGUUCCUCUUCUGCGUGUGUUUUACGUUUAAAAUUUGUUUUGAUGAGAGAAUAUACUGCAACAGUAGUAUAAAUAAUAUAACAUUGCAAAAUGACUUGAGCUCUUAAGCACUCUUACACACACACACACACACACACACACACACACACACACACACACACACACUGAAUGAGCAAAGUUUUUUUUCCCCCCCCCUCAAUGCUAUAUUGAAAUUUAUAUGUAUACUACUUGUAUAAAUAUUUUUUAAAAUGUCUCACAGUUGUUUACCAUAACAGUAAUUUCUGUAACUUGAUACACCCUGUAAUGUAGAAAAUUUUCAUAUUUGUUUGUAAUGUUAUGCACAUGAAUGUUGUUUCAAGUUCAUGAAGUUAAUUCUGUGGAGCUGCUAAAUAGUUUAACAUAUUUUAUUUUGGACAUCAAUGUGUUUGAGUCUGUUAUGAAUUAACUGUUGAUAUGAGCCUUAAAUAAUGUUGUUGUUAUUCUUUUAAUUUUCAUAUGGUGAAAAUUAAGUUCUACAUCUGUUUAUCAUAAGAGUUAAGUACUUAUGUGUCCUUGAAACCUCUAUGUAGUCAGUACUGCUAUAUGUCUUACUGUUAAUUUCAAUUAAUGUUUCAUUCUUCUGAGUGUCAUCCUAGUUAUGUAAUUAUAGAUUCUGGAUGCAUGUAUAUUAUGUGCUUUUUAUGUAUUAAACAUAUCUGUUC